UAGGUCAGCCUGGGACUCUAUUUACCUCCUUACAGUCUGCUAAUCUAGAGCAGUGUUACAUUUAUCUUCACGGAAGACAUUGAAAUUUUCUUGAUCUCUGAUUUUAACAGGAGAGAUGAAACACAGUCACAGUGUCCCAGCUUUUGUCAGCAAACUUUGGGCACUUGUAGAAACUCAGUCAACGAACGACUUGAUCUGUUGGAGUCAAGAUGGCAGUAGUUUUCUUGUCCAGGAUGAACAGCGGUUUAGCAGGGAAGUCCUGCCCCUUUACUUCAAACAUUGCAACAUGACCAGCUUUGUGCGCCAGCUUAACAUGUAUGGCUUCCACAAAGUGGUGCAUGUGGACGCUGGCUUGCCUAAAGCCGACGGGCAGGUAAAUUGUGUUGAGUUUCAGCACGAAGACUUCCAGAGAGCUCAACCUCAACUGUUGGGCCUCAUCCGCAGGAAGGUUUCAGUUAGCCGUGGAGUUGAAGAGGGAGGGCAGAUCUCUCAGUUACUCGUUCAGGUUAGUCAUGUCAGAGGCUGGCAAGACUCCUCAGACCUCAAACUCAUGGCUUUGUGCAGGGAUAACGAAAGUUUGUGGAGAGAACUGGACUCAUUAAGACAGAACUAUCAGCAGCAGCACAAAAUCCUACGCAAGAUUAUAAAGUUCAUCAUCAACAUCGUCCAAUCAAAUGGGAUCAAAGGUUGCAAAAGGAGACUCCCCAUGAUCGACAAUUCUGGCGAUUUUCACUCUGCACCGAAAUACGCCCGCUCCUUCAGUGUGAAUCCCACCCUAAGCACUUCCUCCCUCCAAGAGAUCCCUUCAUUGCAAGAGCUGGAUGUGUCACCCGCUGAUGUGUACUCAAAUGGUAUGAUCAUCUCUGACAUCAACCACCUGCUGGAUCAAACACCUGAGCCUAGCAAAGAGCCUGUGACAGAAAGCCUUCCUGUAACUCUCCCCACAUUCUUAUGUCCCGCCUCCCCGACUCUGCCCUCCGUGGAGCUGGCGUUGUCUUUGCUGGAUGACCCAGCUGUCCAGGUGUCUGAGGAAAUAUCUGAGGAAAGAAAUGAUGUGUCUGAUCCACUGGCGCUUAUUGACUCCAGUUUAGCAGCGAUCCGCUCCUGCUCUCCACCCUCACCAGACCUGGACAAUUUCAGCAAGAUCCUUAGUACUGGCUGUCAAGUCUCUGCUGUUCAAGACUCCGUCACAGAAACCAAGAUCAAACAGAGAAGCCAGAAUCAAGCUGAAACGACACCUCACACCGACACAGUUAUACAGCAGAGAAGCCUGCAACAAAAUGCAGAUUCGGAACAGGAGCGCUAUGAUGGUGGGGACACUGGAGAGUAUUCGGAUAUCUUACAAUCCCUGCUGCAGCUGGCACAGGAAGCGUCCAGCCUCUCCUUCAGUAACACUACACUGCCCUUAGAGCUCUCUUUUGUCAUUUAAAAUUCUAGUGCAUGGAUUGUUUGAUAUUGUGAUAUGAUGUUUUAUUAUCAAAGUUCAGGAGGAACACGUUCAAAUUGCCUAUCCAUUCAGUACUAGAGGAGGCAUAAAUAUAUACAUGGCCACCUAUGUUCCUCGACAGUUUUCUGAAUCCCUCCGCCACCCUGACUCCUCACACCCGCCUGGUUACUAUCCUAACCAGAGAUACGGGGGGAGUACUCUGGGUUCGGGCCAAAUUCCGAGCUCGGAGCCCUCUCCUUGGACAGCACACCAAAUACGCAUACUGAUUAUUUGUAAGAGUGAACUUGUGAAAUGGUAGUUGAUAGAGAAAAUUGCUGUCUGAAACGGUCGAGAGUUGAGAGUUCUGCUAUUUGAUUAAGGGUUCAGACAUUGCUAUAAACAAUGUUGGGGAAAGUUAUUUUUAAAAGUAAUGCAUUGCAAUAUUGUGUUACUCCCUAAAAAGUAACUGAUUGUGUUAGUUAUUUUUUAUGAAAAGUAAUGUGUUUCAUUACUUUUGCAUUACUUUUUCUCAGCUGGGCUGGGCUUUGUCAAAAAAAAGCUCUAUUUUGGCUAAUGUUAAAGGAACACUCCACUUUUUUUGAAAAUAGGCUCAUUUUCCAACUCCCCUAGAGUUAAACAGUUCAGUUUUACCGUUUUCGAAUCCAUUCAGCUGAUCUCCGGGUCUGGCGGAACCCCUUUUAGCAUAGCUUAGCAUAGUUCAUUGAAUCUGAUUAGACCGUUAGCAUCUCGCACAAAAAUGACAAAAGAGUUUAGAUAUUUUUCCUAUUUAAAACUUGACUCUUCUGUAGUUACAUCGUGUACCAAGACCGACGGAAAAUGAAAAGUUGCAAUUUUCUAGGCCAAUAUGGCUAGGAACUAUACUGUCAUUCCAGCAUAAUAAUCAAGGAACUUUGCUGCCGUACCAUGGGUGCAGCAGGCGCAAUGAUAUUACGCAGCGCCUGUGACCCCCUGUAUGCACAGGGAGCGUGCCUUGCAACCAUGGAGACAUUUGUGAGAGACGCUGCGUAAUAUAUCAUCAUAAUAUCCUCAAGUUUUAAAUAGGAAAAAUAUCGAAACUCUUUGGUCAUUUUUGAUGCUAACGGUCUAAUCAGAUUCAAUGAACUAUACUAAGCUAUGCUAAAAGUGGUACCGCCAGACCCGGAGAUCGGCUGAAUGGAUUUGAAAACGGUAAAACUCAACUGUUUAACUCUAGGGGAGUUGGAAAAUGAGCCUAUUUUCAAAAAAAGUUGAGUGUUCCUUUAAGGCCCUUUUUCACACCAAAAGUGAAAUGAAUAAGCCUCAGGCUGAAGGGAAUGCAUAUUUACACCUGUACAGCAGAGGGCGCAGCUGAAACAAACCUUUCAGCUGUGCUGCCGUUCUCGAUAAAAGAAGAAUAGGAUACAGGAGAAGGAAGUUCAACACUCUUAUUUCUAAAUCUAAUCUAAAGAAGUUUUUUCUUUUUAGUAUGGUUGAAAUAGAUCAUUGAAGGUCAGCAGCAAAGACAUUGGUUAAAGUCAGAUUAAAUACAUAAAGUAUAUUUGUGUAAUUUAAUAUAGUUAAUUAUUACAGGUUUGUGUAAAUUUCUGUGAUUACAUUUCACUCUUUUUAUUCAUUUUGAGGAAUACUAAAUGUUUUCAUGUAAGUGAAAUGAGUAAAUGCAUGUUCACAUUUAAUAACCAUCAUGUUUACACAGCGCACACAACACCUCUGCACUUUAUUUUUGAGAGGCGUCAGUCAAUAAAUGUGAAAAAGUAACUUGGAUAUUUUGUUGUAAAUUGAAAAAGUAAUGCAUUAAGUUACUUGGAAAAGUAAUCUGAUUACGUAACUCAAGUUCCUUGUAAUGCGUUACCCCCAACACUGGCUAUAAAUAAUAAUUAUAUGUCAUUUUGAUAUGUGUCGAUGGUAAAUGCUGUAAAUCAUGUACAUUUUGUGUUGUACAUUCAUGUUCUAUUUUUAUCCAUUAGUGAAACAUAACAUGGUAUUACUUCUAUACAAUCUUGCUGACUCAAUAUUGAUUUCACAACAACUUUUAGUCUAAUUUUCCAUGGAAUGCAAUAGAGCAAAAUGACAGAAAGCAAUCUGAAUCAUCUCUCAAUAUUUUUAAACUGUAAAUGGUGGAAAAUUUUCUGUUAACACAAAAUCUGAACUGGGUGCUGGUUUGAAGUCAGUAUUUGUGCGGGAAGGUUGCCAUGAUGAGCAUGAGAGGUUUUGCUGCUUAAUCAGCCACCAGAUUUCUAAAUCAGUAAAUUAAUAUUUAUAAAUCACUUUUUUUGGCUCAUACAACUAAUCUUGUUUUUAGAAAAGCAAGUUACUUGAUAUAGAUGCACCAUAUAAAUAAUAUAUAUAUGUACACUAAAACAUUGAAAAUGUAUGAAAAGUAAAAUAAUAAUAAUUCUUCAUAGAAUCUCCUACAUAUGAUGCAGAAAUAUAAUUGAUCUUCAGUUUGUUUAAUGGUUUAUCUUCAGUACAGUUUAUGACCAAGUAAAUUUAUAGAUAUGGUAGUGCAAAGUUUGUUUAAAAUAUGAACUGUGAAUCAUUUAUUUUGCUGUACUUGAUUGUUAUAUAAUGUAUAACUAAAGGCCAGAAUAUAUAUUUAUUCCUUAUAUAUAUUAGCAUGACUUAUUUUAGGUUUUUGUUAACAGUAUGUGUGUUUUUAUGUAAAAGUGAAAUGCUAACUGCAAAAUAAAAUCUGAUGAAAUAUCUA